AAAGCUAAGGCGUCCAGGACAGGACGCACGAUCAGGGGCGGACAUUCGUUUUGUUCUCCUCCUUCACGGUUUGGUCCGACCGAGAGAGAGAGAUCGUGUUAUUUCGGGUAGCUACUAUCGGCAUACGGCAGGUGAGUUCACGACAGCUCACACGGAGUUUAUAGACUACGAGCCUGGCAGUGUGUCUAUCUCUAGUUAAAUAUAGCGAGUGUCCUGGUUUCAGCACUGCAGGUCGUUAACAGCUCCAACAACACCAGAGGAGAGCGGAGAUUUGAAGAGCCCCUCCCCGCCCAAGUAACAACCAGAGCGGGUAGAGUCCAAGCGCAGCCCUGUUGUCAGUUUCAGCACCACCAGCAAGGAAGAGCAGAGCUGUCCAAACAUCCAGCAGUUUGUGACCGCUAUCGUCGGUUGGAUCAUCCACACAACACAACACCCCCAAGACAGCUAUAACCGGGAGUAAUCUAGCGAAAAAUAGCCUACAGCCACCGAUUGAGUGGAUAUUUUAUUUCAGAAUGGCGUCCAAAGGAAUGGGAGUUCUCCUUCUGCUCGGGAUUUUUGCUGUGACUGUCUCCCAGAUUUCUGCUUUUCCCACACCUGCCGAGGAUGAUAAAGCUGUAGUUUACAACAGACGACUGACUGAGGAGAGACCAAUCCAGGAGCAGAUUGCAGAGGCAGAUGAUGUGAAAGCAGCAGUGGAGUCUGCAGACACCAAACCUGCUGUGGAGCCUAAAGAGGUGAAAGAGGCAGAACCAGAACAAGAGAACGAUGACUUCACUCUGCUCAAGUCCCUGGCCGAAGGUCAAAGGUCAAAAGAGACCAAUGAGACGCCGGUCAGAGAGAGCCUGGAGAAGGAGCCUUACUUUCCAGACGAAUCAGAUUCCACCAAGAACCGCCGGCUAGUCGAAGACUAUGACUCAACAAAGAUGGAAAACGGCAAGUACCAAGAUGACCCAGAGAGCUUCAGGCAGGUGGAUGGUACCCCUCUAACGGCUGAAGACAUCGUCCAGAAGAUCGCUACUAAGAUAUACGAGGAGGACGACAGAGGUGUAUUUGACAGGAUCGUCUCCAAGCUGCUCAGACUGGGCCUGAUAACAGACAGCCAGGCAGACAGUCUGGAGUACGAGGUAGCCGAGGCUCUUCAGGACCUCAUCACUAAGAACGCAAAGAACAAUGAGAUCGAGGACCUGGGAGAGGACUAUCCCGUGACCCGGGGUGACCAGGAUGACCAGAAUCCCGACGCUAGCAUGGAUGUUACUGGUUCCCCCAACCGUCGGUACGAUGAAGAAGAUGAUGAUGAAGAUCAGGCGGCCAUUGAUGACGACGUGGACAGAGGAGAGGGGGAUGACACAGUGGAUAACACCUGGGAUAGAGAGAGUGAGGGAGAAGGGGAGGAGGAGAGGAGUGAGGGAGAGAGAGAUGAGGGAAACGAGUUGAGCCCAGAGGAUGGUCUUCAGGACCUUCAGUACUUCCCCAACUUCUACCGUCUGCUAAAGAGUCUAGACUCAGAGCAAGACGCCCAGGAGAGAGAGACUCUGAUCACUAUCAUGAAGACUCUGAUUGACUUUGUCAAGAUGAUGGUGAAAUAUGGAACCAUCACACCUGAAGAGGGAGUCUCCUACCUUGAGAACCUGGAUGCUAUGAUUCAGUGGGGAUCCCUGGCAUCAUCCCUCAUACAGAUAAAUAUCACCCAGUCAGUGGGGAUCCCUGGCAUCAUCCCUCCUACAGGGAAGACCCCAGAGGACGAUGACAACACCAAGGCAGAGGCGGCCAAGAUGCAGAAGGAGUAUGAGAACCUGAAAGACUCAACCAAGGAAGAAGCGCCGUCCACUGAGACCAGAGAUCACCCAGGCAAGUCUGAGAUCUACUUGGAAGCCAUCAGGAAGAACAUUGAGUGGCUGAAGAAACACAACAAAGACGAGGGCAAAGACGAUUACGACCUGUCCAAAUUGAGGGACUUCAUGGACCAACAAGUGGACUCCUACAUUGACAAGGGCAUCAUCGAGAAGGGUGAGGGAGAGACCAUCAAGAGGAUUUACGGCAGCCUGUAACCUUCAACCAACCUUAAAAUAACCAACAACCAACCUUCAAACACCUACAACCAACCUUCAAACACCUACGACCAACCUUCAAAAAACCCACUGGAAAUGUAUGACGAUUGAUAAACCUAUGAAUAGGGCCUAGAGUUGUUCCUGUUCUGGAAACAUGGUUUGGAAAAACUCCUGGCUUUACGACUCACUCACAAUGAGCAGAAUCCAAACUUGACAUGAUGAUCCCUGAAAGUAACUGACUGAUUUUGGUGUGAAUUCUUACCUUGAUGUCAGUGGGAGUUUGGUGUGAAAGUUUGAGUAAAGCGAGUGGAUUUCAAGUUAGGAUUCGGCCUCUAUGAGAUGAAAGGUAUGACCUUUAUGUAUUAAAAAUAAACAAUUUAGGCAAAAACAUAUUGUAUUUGACAUUUCCAGAAAGCUGGAAUGCAAUAAUGGUAAUAUUAUCACUGAAAGUAUAUAUUUAACUAUACUGUUAGAAAACAAUCAGCAACAGUCCGAUGUCACUGAAUGGCACUGACUCGAUUGGGAAAUUCAAUAGUCAGAUGUCACUGAAUGGCACUGACUCGAUUGGGAAAUUCAAUAGUCCGAUGUCACUGAAUGGCACUGACUCGAUUGGGAAAUUCAAUAGUCCGAUGUCACUGAAUGGCACUGACUCGAUUGGGAAAUUCAAUAGUCAGAUGUCACUGAAUGGCACUGACUCGAUUGGGAAAUUCAAUAGUCAGAUGUCACUGAAUGGCACUGACUCGAUUGGGAAAUUCAAUAGUCCGAUGUCACUGAAUGGCACUGACUCGAUUGGGAAAUUCAAUAGUCAGAUGUCACUGAAUGGCACUGACUCGAUUGGGAAGGGGAAAUUCAAUAGUCCGAUGUCACUGAAUGGCACUGACUCGAUUGGGAAAUUCAAUAGUCCGAUGUCACUGAAUGGCACUGACUCGAUUGGGAAAUUCAAUAGUCCGAUGUCACUGAAUGGCACUGACUCGAUUGGGAAAUUCAAUAGUCAGAUGUCACUGAAUGGCACUGACUCGAUUGGGAAAUUCAAUAGUCAGAUGUCACUGAAUGGCACUGACUCGAUUGGGAAAUUCAAUAGUCCGAUGUCACUGAAUGGCACUGACUCGAUUGGGAAAUUCAAUAGUCAGAUGUCACUGAAUGGCACUGACUCGAUUGGGAAAUUCAAUAGUCAGAUGUCACUGAAUGGCACUGACUCGAUUGGGAAAUUCAAUAGUCAGAUGUCACUGAAUGGCACUGACUCGAUUGGGAAGGGGAAAUUCAAUAGUCCGAUGUCACUGAAUGGCACUGACUCGAUUGGGAAAUUCAAUAGUCCGAUGUCACUGAAUGGCACUGACUCGAUUGGGAAAUUCAAUAGUCAGAUGUCACUGAAUGGCACUGACUCGAUUGGGAAAUUCAAUAGUCAGAUGUCACUGAAUGGCACUGACUCGAUUGGGAAAUUCAAUAGUCAGAUGUCACUGAAUGGCACUGACUCGAUUGGGAAAUUCAAUAGUCAGAUGUUACUGAAUGGCACUGACUCGAUUGGGAAAUUCAAUAGUCCGAUGUCACUGAAUGGCACUGACUCGAUUGGGAAAUUCAAUAGUCAGAUGUCACUGAAUGGCACUGACUCGAUUGGGAAAUUCAAUAGUCAGAUGUCACUGAAUGGCACUGACUCGAUUGGGAAAUUCAAUAGUCAGAUGUCACUGAAUGGCACUGACUCGAUUGGGAAAUUCAAUAGUCAGAUGUCACUGAAUGGCACUGACUCGAUUGGGAAGGGGAAAUGCAAUAGUCCGAUGUCACUGAAUGGCACUGACUCGAUUGGGAAAUUCAAUAGUCAGAUGUCACUGAAUGGCACUGACUCGAUUGGGAAAUUCAAUAGUCAGAUGUCACUGAAUGGCACUGACUCGAUUGGGAAGGGGAAAUUCAAUAGUCCGAUGUCACUGAAUGGCACUGACUCGAUUGGGAAAUUCAAUAGUCCGAUGUCACUGAAUGGCACUGACUCGAUUGGGAAAUUCAAUAGUCAGAUGUCACUGAAUGGCACUGACUCGAUUGGGAAAUUCAAUAGUCCGAUGUCACUGAAUGGCACUGACUCGAUUGGGAAAUUCAAUAGUCAGAUGUCACUGAAUGGCACUGACUCGAUUGGGAAAUUCAAUAGUCAGAUGUCACUGAAUGGCACUGACUCGAUUGGGAAAUUCAAUAGUCAGAUGUUACUGAAUGGCACUGACUCGAUUGGGAAAUUCAAUCGUCCGAUGUCACUGAAUGGCACUGACUCGAUUGGGAAAUUCAAUAGUCAGAUGUCACUGAAUGGCACUGACUCGAUUGGGAAAUUCAAUAGUCAGAUGUCACUGAAUGGCACUGACUCGAUUGGGAAAUUCAAUAGUCAGAUGUUACUGAAUGGCACUGACUCGAUUGGGAAAUUCAAUAGUCAGAUGUCACUGAAUGGCACUGACUCGAUUGGGAAAUUCAAUAGUCAGAUGUCACUGAAUGGCACUGACUCGAUUGGGAAAUUCAAUAGUCAGAUGUCACUGAAUGGCACUGACUCGAUUGGGAAAUUCAAUAGUCAGAUGUCACUGAAUGGCACUGACUCGAUUGGGAAAUUCAAUAGUCAGAUGUCACUGAAUGGCACUGACUCGAUUGGGAAAUUCAAUAGUUAUUCUGUCAAAUCAACUGACUGACUGAUCUUCUUACUAGAUGACAGCUUUGACUACCUUGAGGAGUGAAAUGUUGACCUACUGAGAGUGAAUGAGUGUUCAACCAUCCCAAUGGACACACACUGGUUGACUCAACGUUGUUUCCACGUCAUUACGUUGAACCAAUUUGGAAUAGACGUUGAAUUGAUGUCUGUGCCUAGUGGAAAGGUUGUGUCCCAAAAUGUAGUGCAUUAUUUUUGACUAGGCCCCAUAGGGCUCUGGUUAACAAUAGUGCACUAUAUAGGAAGUAGGGUGCCAUUUGGCACAGAGAUAGGUCUGAUAGUAGAGUUCCAACUGUAGCUUUCUCAUCAAUUGCAGGUAAUAUGUAUGUCUUUGCAAUAGACUUUUGCAACAAGUACACAUAUAUCUAAAUGUAUUCAUUCUAUGUAAUCUGUCCUAUCAUAUUCUAAUUCUUAUUUUUUCAAUCCAGCAUCAAUGUAAAAUCUAUUGUAUUAAGGCUUUUAACUCAACCAAAAACAGUUGUGUUGUUCAGUAUCAUUUCAGCCCUGUAUGUCCAUCCUCUCCUCUUCGUUCUGGGGUAAUUCCUUUGGGGCCCUCCAGGGGGCCCUGUUUGUGUCAUUUCCCUCUAUCUGAUUUCUGCAAAAUGGGUAGUAGUGGGAAGUUGCCUCUAGAUGCUGAUCGUGGAUCAGUUGUAUAUUUUCCCCACUAAUGGUAAAGGUUAGGAUUGUGGGAGGACAAGCUGAUCCUAGAUCUGUCCCCAGCUUCAAUAUGUCUCAGUAUAUUUAACAUGUAUACUACCACUCUAGAGACACAAAAUUAAGUAUUUUUAAAUGUAAAUAUUUGUGAUGUUUUUUCCAAAAAUGUAAAAGCAAUUAAAACAUUGCCUUUCUUAA